CUACGAUUCGAGCAUGAGCAAAGCUGCCAGCGCCAAAAAGGCCGAUGCGCCGCCCGCCGAGAAGCCUGCGGCGAACGACACCACGCAGGCGGAGCGUGAGGAAGACGAUGACGAAGAGGACGAGGCCCAGGAGUCGGACAAGACCAAGGCCGAGGAGACGAGCGCGAUGAAGAAGCUCGACGGCAACGACGACGAGAAUGAAAAGGCGAUCGACGUCAACACGAUGAAGCACCUUCUCUCGACGCUCAAGGCAGCCGAAGAAGCCGACAAGCAGGAGGCCCUUUCGCAUGAGAAGGAGCUGGCCGCUGUCAAGAUUACCAAGGACGACGUCGCGUUCUUGGCGGCCGAGAUGAACCUUCCGAUGGCGACCGCCGAGCGCAAGCUGCGCGAAGCCCAAGGCAACCUCGAAGCGUGUUUGAAAACGUUAUUGCACCUCGUCUAAUAAACUAGCAGCAACCGACGCCAUUGAUUCUACGAUA